AUGGACUCCACUGGGCAGUGGGAGGCACACCUGGUGAGAGUGUGGGUCCCAGUCAGCAGGUGGCAGGUGCUUAAAUCCCUUCCCCUACUCCCAGUCCUCUUGGCUGACAAGGAAGGGGAGCCAGUCCCAACAGAUGAGGUGCUGGACGAAACUGUACCAGAGUACCAGGCCCCUGGGAAGAAGAGCAUGCUGGCAAUCUGGCAGCUGGACCCUGAGGACGUGAGCCUGGUCAAGUACAAGCAGGCGCUGCUGGGGCCCCUGCCACCCGUUGUGGACCCCAGCCUGCCCAACGUGCAGGUGACCAGGCUGACGCUGCUGUCUGAUCAGGCUCCAGGGCCUCUCGUCAUGGACCUUACAGGAGACCUGGCUGCCCUGAAAAACCAGGUGUUUGUCCUGAAGGAGGGCAUUGAAUACAAGGUGAAGGUCACCUUCAAGGUCAACAAGGAGAUUGUCAGUGGCCUCAAAUGUCUGCAUCACACCUACCGUCGGGGACUACGUGUGGACAAGGCCAUCUUCAUGGUGGGCAGCUAUGGCCCCCGGGCCCAGGAGUAUGAAUUUGUGACGACAGUGGAGGAAGCACCAAGGGGUGCAUUGGCACGUGGCCUCUACGUGGUCAGGUCCCUCUUCACUGAUGAUGACAGGCUUGACCACCUAUCCUGGGAGUGGUGCCUCCACGUCUGCCAGGACUGGAAGGACUGAACCUCCUUGGGGCCUGUGUUCCCAGUUUCUGUCAGUUGCAGAAGGACCUGCAAGCAUCCCCUAGACCUCCCAGUUGGUGAUCAGAUGUCCCUCACUCUGCUGUGUCCCCCUGC